GCCAAUUGUACUACACAGAGGACAACGAUGGAUGGUCGCUUUGAGAUCGGCAAGGAGAUUGGGAAGGGCGCCUUCUCCGUGGUGCAUCGUUGCAAGCGUCUGGAGGAUGGCAAGAUCCUCGCCGUGAAAGUCAUCGACAAGGCCAAGAUCAAGAAGCCGCAGGAUCUCCAAUAUGAGAUUGACAUCCUCAAAGAGCUGAAGCAUGAGCACAUCUUGGGGCUGAUCGAAGCCGUGAACACGGAGAAGAAGUGCUACCUCGUCACCGAUCUGCUCGGCGGCGGCGAGCUGUUUGACCACAUCAUCGAGCAAGGCUCGUACACGGAGAAGGACGCCGCGGGCAUCCUCACCCAAAUCCUUGACGCCCUCAGCUAUCUCCACACAAACAGCGUCGUCCACAGAGACCUCAAGCCGGAGAAUUUGCUGUGUGCAUCGCGCGAAAACCCGACACAGCGCAUCGUCAUCUCUGACUUUGGCCUCGCCCGCAAGCUCAACCCCGAUGAGAAGCUCUCCAACGCGUGCGGCACCCCAGGAUACGUCUCGCCCGAGAUCCUGCUGCAUGAGCCAUACGCGUACGAGGUCGACAUCUGGGCUCUCGGCGUCAUCGCAUACAUCCUGCUUGUUGGAUACCCGCCGUUCUACUCCGAGGACGACAAUGACCAGGAAGUGCUGCAGAUGACAAUGGAGGGCAAGUACGACUUUGAUGAGGACUGGGAGGACGUCUCGGAAUCAGCCAAGCAGUUUAUCCGGGGGAUGCUGGAGAUGGACACGAAGAAGCGCUGGUCGGCCCGCCAAUGCCUCGAGCACUCAUGGGUGCAGGGCCACACCGCCGCCAACGUCAACAUUGCCGAGCGCGUCUCCUCAAAGAUGAAGGCCCACUUUGCGAAGCGCAACUGGAAGAAACUGUUCAACGCGCAGCGCGCCAUUCAGCGGUUCCGCAUGGACUUUGGCAGCAAGAACGAGAGCUGAAGGCAGCACUGCACCCCCCCCCCCUCUUUUACGCAUCGUUGACAACCACUCCCGUCAUCGCACCAUCCUGAAUCGCUCUGAUCUUCAUAUCGCCGCAACUCACUGUCACCACACAAGUUCCCACCACCACCACCACCGACAACAACGACAGCAUCCACGGCAACCCAAGCAGCGAGGGUCAUACCAAUGAUUACCAGGCUGUUAUUGCUGCGUUUUCGUGCGUUUCCCUUUGCCUGUGUCACAUCACCAACCCAUCCCUUCACUCCACAUGGCAAAAUGCUUGCAAGCAAACCACCCUUGACACCCCACACAACCGUGCUUUUUCCCCUGUGUGUCAUACAUACGCGCAUCUUGCUCGCUCAGUUUCUCUUCCUUCUCACUAUCGUCCCAGCGCGCACACCGCGCUGAUACAACAUGUCAAACGUG